AUGUCCAAUAUAGAUUCUAUCUGCAUAGGACUUCAAUCUACAAGAAUAAAGGACAGGAAUGAUUCCUUAAUCUUAUUGGAUGAAGUUCUCUUGUCGCCAUCAUCAUGGUCUUCGGUAUCUCCGAAACAAUAUUCGUAUCUCAUAUCGCUGAUCUUCAAACUAAUCGAACUAGAGAAGAAGCUAUACAUAAGAUCAUCAACUAAAAAUUUGGCAAUAGAGCAGCGUCUGAUAACCGCAGUCAACUUCAUAAAAAAGAUUAUAGAAAAUUCGAUCAGAAUUAAAGAAACUGGCUCUAGUACAGGAAGGAGUAACUUAAAAUUUAAGCAUUAUCAAAUUAUAUUCAAUGAGAUUAAGAGCCUAUUACCAAUUGACUCAUCCACAUUGUUUUGGCCAUGUGCAUUUGAGCUUAUUUAUAUAAUUAACAUUUCUCUCAAGCAGAAUUUCGUUAGCGAACAUCUUGGUAAUAAUGAUUGGAUUCAGAUGGUUCGGUUCAUUGUUCGAACGAUAGAGACUAUUCAAGAUGGGACCGUUGGCGGAGUAGGAGGCGGAAAUACUGAUGAAAAUAUAACCCUAGAACUAUUCCAGUGCCUUGGUAUUCUUCUACUGGCAGAUAACUCCACGUCCAUACACCCGCUAGUUCUGUCUAAUGAUAAGGUGUACUUCCUUCUAUUACCAGUUAUAUACAACGCUUCCAAGAGGAUGAAGAAAGAAGGAGCUUUGACAGUAACACUACUCAAAAUAAUAAAUAAAUUAAUAAUGGUACUAUCAACUGAAGAUCUUUAUUUUGUCAAUAAGUUGAUAUUAAUAGGGAUAUCGUUAUUGGUAUCAUUUAGUAGCAGCAAACUUUUAUCAUUACAAUUGCAAAUGGUCAUCUUUCUAAACUUAAAUGGUGUACAUGACUACAUAGAUUUAUCACACUUACCUAAAAUGAACUCAAUUGAAGUAGCAGGAGCAGAUAUUUCGAUUAGAUCUGAUAGUGACAGUGAAACUGACGAGUUUCUCAAGGAUUUUGAAAUGGAAAAUCAAGUGUCUAUGGAUUUCAAAGUUUUACAGUAUAGUAUUGGAGUUUUAAUUCAGUCAUUUUUCCAUUCCUUGGGUCAAGCAAGUUUUCAAAUACCGAGCAGUGGAAUCAGUUUAUUCACUCCUUUCGACAAAAGAAAAAUUACCUGGUUUAACUUAAGGUCAAUCUACUUGAAUAAUAAUACGGAGAAUUCAGAGAGAUUAGUAGUAGCAUGGCUACUUAAUUUAGGAUUAGCAAAAUUGAUGGAAACUUUCUUUAAGUUGAAACGAAAUGUAUCUUCUAGCCAUUCAUCAUCUUAUAAAACAACACCAGAGCCUUCCAGACUGAAGCGCCAAAAACUAGAUUUGGUACAGCAAGUUCUACAGGAUUCGAAGAGCGUUGUAGACUUUGUUUGUAAAAUUUUGAAUUCAAAGCCGGUCCUUGAAGUCCAAAAGAACUCAUUACAAGUUUUAGUCUUUUAUAUUCAGCAGCAGAACGAGAAAAAUCAAAAACAUAAACGUUCGAACACAGAUCUGGCUCCUACGACUGAUAGGAGUGUUCAAAGCUCUUCGUCAACGGCUGAAAAGUUUGCAAGUAGUAGUGCGUUGGAUAUUGACACAACAAUACUAAAUAUAGCUUUUGAAGUGGAAUCUGAAGGCACUGAAAUUGCUCACUCCAAGAAUUUUGUCAUUCGUACUCUCCUCAAUUCAUAUGAUGUCAACAACAACUAUUGGUUUUUGCUAGCCUAUCAAUCAACUACUGAGGAUAACACCAUUCUCAAUGGAGGACUUUCUCAUAAGUAUUAUCUACAAUUAUUCAAGCUGGUUUUACCUUCGAUAAAUAAUUCGUUGAAUAACAAUGUGUCAGAAUUAUCAUGCAAUUUAAUUCAUAUUUUAAUAGAAAAACCGGAUAUAAAUCUAAACAACUUGGUCGAUUCUACACUAAUCGUUCAGUUAGAUAAUAUUCUUGAACUCUCUGAAGUGAAAGGACCUUCCAUUAUUUCUAAGUUUAGUUUCAAAUUCUGGUACUCAAUUCAUAAAAUAAUAAAGAAGACCAAUUUGCAUAAAAAAAUUAAUAUCCAAGUUAGAAUUCAAGAGUGGGCAUUGUCCAAUUGGGACGAUAUAGUUCACAACCUUAGUGAACUGCAAGAAUUUGUAGAAUUAAUGGAAUUUCUUGUCUGGUUAUUUGGAGUUGAUGUAUCAAACUCGAGUUAUAAGUGCACCUUUGAAAUUCCUACUAAUCGAUAUCAAGGUCCCUUAGUUGAACUAUACCAAGGUGUGGAUAAGUAUUGUAUGCUACAGAGUUUUAUAGUGGACCAUUAUAAAAAUGACAAUUAUCGAAUGAAAGAGAAUAUUGCAAAUUUUGGUAUUGAAUCACUUGGCUCAAUUUCUGGAGGUAAAACUGAAGAAUUGUGCUUGAAGAUCUUAACCUACACGAAUGAGUAUCUACUUGCAGAAAAUCCUUCCACCACAAUCUCCGCAAAGUUCGUAUGGACAUUAUUUCUAUGUCUUUUGGUUCUAGGUACUCAAAACGCUCAAGCACUUCAGCUGUUUGUAAAUCCUAUUCAUCUAAAAUGCACUCAAUUGAUUGACUACUUUGCAGAUGCAAAUUUCGACGCUUUAGAGGCAUUACCUUUACUUCAAAUUGUUAACCAAGCUAAUAAAUCAAUAAUUAGAGACUUGUUUUGGUUGGUGGUAAAAAAGUACAAUAAGGAUGCUUUCUCGUUUUCUCCAUUUACGAUAAAGUCACUAGUAGAGGGAAUCAAAAGUGACAAGGUCGUAUCAAGGUUUUCUAAAGAUGACGGAUUUGAAGAGGAUUUCGCACUCACAGUUAGUUCCUAUUCAACAGACACCAUUAAACCGUUGAAUGUUGGGUAUAACGUUAUUUUAACUUUCCUUCUAUUCUUGGCAAAUGAUUUGAAGGUUGCAAAAUAUGAGUCGAUAUUCCUCUGCGUUUUAGAUAUGCUAGAUUCGUUGGAUGAUGAUUCUCUCUUGAAGAUUGCGGACUCACUUUUAAGUACUAAUGAAUCUAUACUAUUUGACGAGGUUAGACCCGAAUUAUUAAGAAGAUUUAUGAGGAUCCUUGGGGAGGGUCCAUUAACGUCUCAUGAACUUGAACGAAGCGAACUAACAAUAGUUGUGAUUUCUAGACUUUUGUCUUCACUAGUCCCUAUUUUUGACAAAUGCAUGGACGAAGAGUUGAAUAAAGAUUGGUUAGAUAUGUCCAAUUGGCUCCUCUUAUGUGGUAAAAAGAGACUUAUUCGGACCGAAUGGACGCUUAUAGAACAGUCAAGAUUUUUGAUUUCUACCAUCCAUAUACUGAAGGAUAAUGAAGAUUUGUUUUUUGAAAAUUUCCACUUUUCAACCAAUAAUAUGAAGAUUUCCUUGGUGCAACAAUUGGAAUGCAUCUUCAAUGGAGAGAAAUCUCGCUUUACAUCCCAGAGGCAAAUGGAGCUUUAUAAAAAGUUAUUUAGCAAUUUCGAAGCACCUCAGCAAUCCAUAACUGCUGCUGCCACAUUUUGCUUAUUCUUCGCUUCCGUAUGUAGAGGCCAAGGUAGUAUCUCUUUGCUGAUAUUUGUUGCAGCAGUCUUCAAUCUUGUAGAAUACGCAAGAUUUUCAUUUUUUGUCCCAUAUAUCAAAUACUCAAUUAGAGCGAUUCUAUGUUCAUGUUUUGAUAAUUUUACUCCAAAAGAUCUAUUUGAAUUGAUUAGAAUUGAUUUGCUUAGGAAUUGGUGGUCUUACAAUAAAGGUAUCGAAAAUUUUCCCUUUGAAUUGUUCGACUUCCAUGAUUUUCAAGCAUUAGUGGAGUUGAACUUCAAAGAAGUAACAGGUUUUUGUAUUGCACUUGAGGGAGAGAGAAGCUUUAGUGAAAGCAACUUGGCAAAGAUUGCCAAAUUUCGAACGACUGACAUUCAAAGUAUUACAAUAGAUAGUUUUCCUUUAAUUAUUUCCUUAGCUUAUACGGAAUCUGGAAUUAAAAAUGAAGUGCAUGGUGUUCUAAAGAAGCUUCUAGGGAAGUUAUAUUCAGAACAAUUUAGAUCAAGACUACCAAUUAUCGUUCUUGAAAUUUUGUCCUUCUUGGAAAUAGCCAACGAGAAUUCGUUGGUAAGUAUGUACCCAGAAUCGACCAUAAUAGAGAAUUUGAUUUCAGUUGGGGAAAGUGUUAUGUUUGAACCUAUUGGAACACUAAUUUCUUUUAGAACUGGAAAUGAAAUGCUCAAGUCUUUAAUUGGAAAAUAUCUGAACAACGAAGAAGCAUUCUGGCAAGACGAAAGGGUGGUGUAUUUCUUUAUUAGAAGACUAUCCUUAAAAUUAACUCAUUCCAAAACAAUUAAAACUAAGCAUUUCUACCUCAGAAGGAUCAAAUUUGUCGUCAUUAAGAGCCAUUCACAACAAAAGAGAAUAAAAUCAACUUCAUUGACUGGAUUAUUGUUUGAAACACUAUGUCCCUUAAUUAAUGAUUCACAAAUUGGAAACGAGGUAUGUCGUAUUCUUUCUCUUUGUGAAAUUGAUCAUUCAGCUUCAUCUAUUCCUCUUUUGGUGACGGUUUUAAAUCAAUUGAUCAGAAGAACAGCUAUUGAUAAAAACAACAAGAUUUUGAGGAUGCUACAAUGGCACAUUGAAACAUCGGAAGAAUCAAAAAGGAGGGUUGUCCUUUUAGCAGUAAUAAGAAAACUUCAAGAUGUACCCUUUGUAUGCUCUAGAAAUGAGAUAGAAGGUUUCAUGAAUUCGAGACUCGAAUUUGAGAGCUGUAGAAUCAAUGGAAGUCUCAGAGAGAUCACAUUUUUGAUAUCGUACAUUUUUCCGAACUCUAAUCAAGCAAUUGAUAAAGCUGAAGAUGUUGUCGUCUCCUAUAUUUCAGAAAUAAGAGGAGACUCGUUUUAUAAUUUACUGACAUCAUCUUUUAUUGAAUGGUGCGGUAGAUACAUUGCAGAGUUUUACCUCUCUGGAAAUGCAGAAGUUAAGUACCUCUCUGAAAUCUCCAAUGAUGAACCAGUCAUAUAUACCAAAAAAUUCGACAAUUUACUUAAACUAGCAUUGAAAUUAUCCACUAAUAAUGACAUCAAAGCUAACGUGGAAGCUCUAAUUGGUGUUUUGCUAUGGAAAUAUGAUGUAAGUAAAUCAGAAGUAAUGAAGUAUGUUGAUUUAACUGAAAUCAUUUCAAAAUACCUGGAUUAUCUAAUUCCUAUUGAUUUUCACUCAUGUAUAGCAUUGAAUUCAAGAGAAGAUGAGAUGAUAAUUCCAAUUGUCUCUUUGAAACAUAUAACUAAAUUAAAUCUGGGGAAAACUUCAUUUGAAGAUUGGACUAUGCAAGCAUUUUUAGUCUUCAUUACUGAAAUUGCAAGAUUUACUAGUAUUGCUCCAUUAUUUUCCAAUUUGGUGGUGAAAGUACCUUCAUUUGCAAGUGGGGCCAUGCCUGAUCUCAUCUGCAUAUAUCUUGGUCUCAAAGGAGAUGAAGGAUCGGCUGAUGUUGUAGAAAUUUUAUGCUUUUUAUUGAGUACAAUAAAGGAAAGAAAUCCUGGCUCGACUGAAGAAAUUAAAUUCUCAAACUUACUAAUAAGGAUAGUUUUAGCAAUUAGGCUUGUCAGUAAGCAAGAUGAACUUAGCUUUGAGAGAGUUUAUUCAAAAUUGGAUUUUAUCGAUCUAUUCAAAAUUGCAGCUCUUCAGGAUGCCUCGACAUCUCUAAUGCUUUUAGAAGACAAAUUGAGCACAGGUGAAUCAGAGAUUGAUAAAAGCAUAGAAACGAGAAGACAAGACUUAUUGAAUUCUGAAACAAAGACCUUGCAAACAAUUUAUGAAUCAAUUGGAGAUGAGGAUAUGAUAAAUGGAUUACCAAUCGAGCCAUCUUUGCAAUUCGCAAUUAACAUGUUAAACAAAGAUAGCUCUAAUAUAGAUCAAGUGAAAUUUAGUAGUAGUUCUUACGAUGCAGAAUUAACUUUGUCUAACACUGAAGAUCAAAACAACACAAAUAUCAUUCAUUCAAUGAUGAAGAACGGAUUUAUGGGAAUCUCUAAGUUAGUAAGCUGGGGUAAUAGCAAUUUUGAGAAUACAGAAGACGAAUCUUCAUACGAGUGGGCUUGGAAGUUGAACUGUUGGGAUACUCCCGUACCUUCCAGUCCUUUUACGGAAAAUAAAAUAAUCUACAAGACGUUAAAACAAAUCCAAGACUACCCAGAUAAAUUUGAAUCGAUUUGCAACAAUUCUAUUACGGAGGCUUUUGAAAAUAGAAAGUGCUUGCCGGAUAAGAUAGACUGGAUGAAAUCUUUGGCUUCAAUUGUAAGUAUUAGUGAUUUAGCUAACUGCUGGCAUUCUGGACCAAAUUUAGUUGACAAUUUAAGAUCUUUCGAUUUGAAGACAGCAUGGUUUGAAGAGAUGAAUGAUCUUGAAGCAAUCGAGAAUAUAUUGCUCUCCAGAAGAGCGUUGUUACAAAUUUUAAGCUCCUCUUCCAUUUCCAGUGAGAAAGAGGAACAGUCUUGGCUAUGCUCUAUGAGUGAAUUGAUAAGAUACAACAAUGUAACAAGGCAUUCUGACAAAUUUUUGCAAAAGUCGCUUAAUUCGACCAUGUUGCUAAAUGAAAUAUCAGAAAUGAAGUUUAGAAAUUCAGACCCAGUUCUCCAAGAAUUUGUAAAGCAAGUAGUGAAGUUUCAAUCUGCUUGUACACUUUGGUCUCAGGGAGAAACUACGAUCCCCGUCACCAUUUUAAGGGAUAUCAACAAUUAUACCCACGCUAGCUUGGAGAUAAAAUUUGAUCUUCCUGAUAAGUUACGAGUUCUCACUGGAGUAGUUAAUUCUUUGCUCGUGGAGUGGAUCUCUGCAUCUAGACAGGAAUUGCCUUCUACCAUAAUGAGUCAAUAUAUAAACCCAACUUUGGAGAAGUUGAUCCCUGGAGAUAAAAAUAGCAAAAUAUAUGAAAGAUUUGCUCGCUUCUGUGAAAAACAGUUAAAAGCUCGAUCACUUCAAGAUAAAUUGAAAAAGAUUAGCAACCUGAUUGAAAGUAGAAAGAAAGAAAAAGAAGAAUUGAAAACUCACUACAACAAAAAGGUUGUAAAUCAUGCGGAAAGAGCGUCCAUUCAAAGGUACUAUAGUAAAUUGAAGGCCCUGUAUGAACAAGAUGUUCAGGAAUUUGAAGCCCUUGAAACUACCAAGGAUGAACUUUCAGACAAAGCUGUUCAGUUUUACUUGCAGAGUAUUGAUUCACACUCUGAAAGCGUCGGACGAGUUCACAAUUCUACGUCUAUCGAUGAAAAUGUAGAUAAGUUCUUUGCGCUCUGGUUGGAGUUUUCUAGUAAGGAAGAUCUAAAUAUCACGAUAAGAGAUGAGUUAUUAAGAUUACCGACCCAUAAGCUCGUUAGCUGGUGUCCACAACUUAUAUCAAGAAUUUCUAAUGAUUCUACGGAAUUUCAAAAGUCACUUCAAUUAUUAAUUCUAAAGAUUUGUCGUGCCCACCCUUACCACUCACUUUACAAUUUAAUAUCUUUGACCCGACACGAUUCUUCUGCUAAAUUCAACCCAACUUCAACAAUUGCUGCAAAGAGUAUUUGGGAUAAAUUGAAGAAUGAACCAGAGAAUAACCCUAUAUUGCAUGAUAUAGAAUCAUUUUGUGAUCAUGCAAUAAAACUUGCAGAAGUUAAGGCAUCAAAAGGUAGAAGCUUUCAAUUAGAUAAGGCUAGAGGCGAUCUGGAUUUCUCAUGGUGGCUAACUGAAUUGCCUCCAAUACCACCUCCCACUCUUGAAAUACCAGUUGAUUUGAGCUUGAAAUACAAAAAUAUCCCUACUUUAAACAAAAUCGACUCCAAAAUUGAAAUUGCAACAUCAGGCUUAAGUCUACCAAAAAUAGCAAAAUUCAUAUUAUCUGAUGGUUCGAAACACAAAAUGCUAUUGAAACAUGGAACUGAUGAUUUAAGGCAAGACUCUAUUAUGGAACAAGUCUUUGAAAAGGUGAACCAGAUGUUUUGGAAUGAUAAAGAGACAAGAAAGAGAAAUCUAAGAGUUAGAACUUACAAGGCUGUGCCAUUGGGCCCACAAAAUGGAGUUAUAGAAUUUGUACCAAAUUCUAUGGCUUUGAUAGAUGUAAUACGCCCUUAUCAUCAAACACGAGACAAGUUGAAGGUUGAACUUGCCAGAGAGAAGAUGAAAAAAUGCCAAGCUGAGUCGAAAAUAAAAAGAGUUGCUGUGUAUGAAGAAAUUACUAUAGAGAAGAUACAACCAGUCUUAAGGUUCUUCUUUCUUGAUAACUUUACGACCCCUGAAAAAUGGUUUAAAAGUCGGAUUUUAUAUACGCAUGGAAUUGCAUCCACAAGUAUCGUAGGGUACAUGUUGGGUUUAGGAGAUAGACAUUGCAAUAAUAUUUUGCUUGAUAAAGAAACCGGUGAACCUAUCCAUAUUGAUUUAGGUGUCGCAUUCGAUCAAGGAAAAAGGUUACCAAUACCUGAGACUGUUCCCUUUAGACUUACAAGAGAUAUAAUAGACGGAUUUGGAAUUACUGGAGUAGAAGGGACAUUCAGAAAAUCAUGUGAACAUAGCUUUAGGGUAUUAAGAAACAACAAGGAUCAUGUUUUAGCUAUCUUAGAUGUAUUACGUUGGGAUCCAUUAUACUCGUGGUCAUUGUCACCUCUUAGAAAACACAAAUUACAAGAUGACGACAAUGCAGAUCAGGGCUAUGGAAUAUUACCCCCAGCCCAAUCACACGAAGAUGGUUCAGAAGCAGGAAGAGCAAUCAAUAGAGUAGCUGACAAACUCAUUGGAGAAGGAUUAAGUAUUGAAGCUACUGUUCGAGAAUUAAUCCAAGAAUCUACCAGUAUUGAAAAUCUAGCAAUGAUUUAUUGCGGUUGGUGUCCAUUUUUCUAA